UCUCUUUGCCUACCCCCAGAUUUACAAGUAGGUUUUGGGUAUAUUUACAAGCCUUCAGGUACAAAACCUAUCGUGAACUUCUUGUUCAAUCCUUCGUCUGUCUUGCCAAACCUGGGGAAACAGAGAGCUAGACAUGUAGGCGAUGAAAAAUAGCUUUUGGGUGGGUUGUUGUGCGCAGGUAUGCUUUCCAGGACACAUGGAUAGAGGAAACACUUUGCCCCAGGUGCGAGGGAAUAGAGGAGAGUCAACAAUAUUCGAGUCUACACUGAGAAAUUGGGCAAAAGGCACGGAUGCGGCGACUUUGCCGUUGCCUUUCGCUCGGAUUUUGAAACUCUACUUACGAGCAAAGCGACCCUGUAUGCAAUUGAAUUUCAGAAGACACGCGAAGAAUGUGUCUUCGGGUUCGUGGCUCAUAAACACGAUCAAAAAAACGGAAAUUCACAUCAAGGGGUGCUUGGGUGGCAGAAGUGGUAGUGGAGAAGGUGACGGAAAGAUCAUGGAAGCCCUCUACAACCCCCCAAAAUGAUUGACAGGGUGUGUGCUAGAAGUGGUGGGAUUUUCAUCAUCCCUCUCUUGUUCCUGUUUUUGGCUAUCUUGGUCAUGGGCCAAGUGGUUAUUUGUGAUCCUCAACCAUGGCCAAAUUCUUUCACCAGGCUCAGACCCAUCCCCAAACAACGCCAACUACUCAUGCAAGAAUACCAAACCCUCAUUCUCAGACAGGCCAAUGGCAAUGGGACCAAAGUUGAGCGAGCCACCUCCAGGAAUUGCCAUGCCCUCGAGGAAUCCAAACCUGAAGACAAGAUCGUGCUCACACCCAUUCUCGUUCAAGGACGACUUAUUUCGCGGAGUACUGGUUUCAAUUCUCUUUACUCCGUUGCAUUUCGCGUGUUGAAAGUGCUGAAAGGGAAGUUGCCGCGAAAGCUGCGUCGCCACGUGAAACUCAUGUAUCAGCAAGAGGACGAAGACGAAAAGGUCAAUCCCCUUUGUGAGUUCCCAAUCAAGUUUGACGUGAAGGCGAACAGAAAGUAUCUCAUAUUCAUCAAGCGUCUCGGUCCAGCCCGAUAUGUGGCCAUAGCCAAACCCGAAAUUUGGACCAAAGACGUCAGACGCAUCGCUAAAAAGACCCUCUGUGAAGGAUGUGCCUCACGACCGCAAGUUUCGCCAUUGUCCAAACCAUCGUCCUCCAUUGAUGAGAGCGAUAAUGUAAAGCUCAAAUGUAAAGUUCCAAUAGGUCAGCCGAUUCCAGAGAUUCAAUGGCUUCGCAAUGGCCAAGAACUCUCCUCAACGAUGAGAUUCAAAAUUCGAUCAAAAAGACGACGAUCAACGUUACGCAUCAGUAAUGUUCGACACACAGAUUCAGGACGUUACACUUGCAAGGCGGUUAAUGCUCUAGGAUCUCACAGUCAAUCAGUCAGUAUUAGUGUCAGAUACUCUGCGCCAGACCCGUCUGUGUCAAAUUGUCCAAUUCGUUCAUUUUGUCUGAAUGGAGGCUCUUGUUUCUAUUAUGAAUUCAUCGGGGAGCUAGUUUGCAAAUGUCGAGACGGUUUUGUCGGUCAAAGGUGCCAGUUCAAAAAAGCUCAAAUAGACCUGCCAUACGUAGAAAGCGAGGCUUGUGGUCCUUAUGGGCACGACAUUCAUUUCCGGGAAAUCUGCGCAGCUUGGAAGCAGCCUCCAAUCACUGAGAUGUCCAGACACGAAUUCACCGAAUGGAAAUCCGUAGAGCGUCAAAUCGUAGACUUAAGGCGAGCCCAAGAGGAGUUCCAGUACCGCCGAUUCCGCCUACAAACGCCCAAAUUGGAGGCCAUGGCUUUAACCCAAGAAUCUCAUUUGGCCGAGCGAGGAAAGCACCUAGCUUAGAGACACAAAACGAGCCACACCUUGUCGAAUCGAUUACUAAUAAACAAGAUAUGACAGAAGA